AUGAAUUAUAGCUACAAGAGCGCCGAGCACCAGAAUGAAGACGCAAGGAUAGAAAGCACAUCAGGUCAUAGCAAUGGUAACGAUGUUCAGGUCACGGCUUCAGUUGCACCUAAUCAUCAAUUGAUUUCCCAAAAAAAUCUAGCCAACGAAAUGUUGGACGAAUACGCACCGAAACGUGCAAAUAUUGUACCCCAGACAAUCCGAGAUCAAUUUGAUGUCGAAGUGAUUUCUUCCUUGGAUUCUCAAGUUCAUAUUGGAGCAAGCUCACAAAGCGUGAUUUGUGGAACUGAAGCCUGUGAAGAGUCGACAAGGACGUUAGCAACCGGUGACAUUAUUGGGGCGAAAUCUGAGAAAAAAGGUCAAGAAGCAAUGGUUGUGAAGAAUUUUCACGAAAAUGCUACCGCAACCUCAUUUGAGACGCCGGGCGUAGCAAAAUGUAUGUUUGACUUAACGGUCUCAUUGUUGAGUGGCACUGCUUCUAGCGAUUUAACGAAGGAGAAACACCAAGAGCUAGCAAAACCUCCAUCUCAAUUUGAAGCGACAGAAGAAGAAUUGCCAGAUGAUGUUGCAUUACUUCCAGUGACUUACAUGGAUUCGUUAACGGCGAGCUUUGCACCAGAAACGAAGGCAAUAUGGGCACAAAUAUUUGGACCUCGUUUUGGAGAUGACAAAAAUGAAAAAGAAUACUAUCAAGAAGACAAUCAAUCGAUUACUGAUCGUACCAGAUCAUCCGAUGAUUCAACUAGCGCAUUACAGGCAAAACUAGCGCGUGAACGAAAGCUAGAUCAACAUAUCCAGGCAAGUCAACGACGUCAUCAAGCGCGGAUAGUACGAGCUGCAGCUCUGAAGGAAGUAGCAGCAAAACGCGUCCGAGUCGUUCGUGGCAAGCGAUUUCAAAAACAAGCCUUAGUUCCUUCACCCUUUGAAAAAGUUGGGCUCUCACUGACACAAAUUCGAUUAUGCACGAAGAAAGCGCUUGGCGAAAUGUGCAAAUCUUUUCGUCAACUUCAUGCUGCAAUUUUUGAAGAAGCUGAAUAUUUCAAGGAACCGCUACAUCAAGGGAUCUACAUAACGAAGAGGGAGCUCGAACUCUUAUUUUGCGAGGUAUUUGACUUUCAAGAUCUGAAAUUCUCUAACACGAACAAUUACAAGCAGACGAUAGCAACUCCUUUGGACUUUGAGGGUGGAGAGUAUGUCGAAGGAAUCACGAUGAAUGAUCAUCUGCAAGCAAGCUGGUUCCUUCCUUUUCGUCAACUGUCGCGACUUCGAAGCCUCAUCAUGAGGAUAACGAGACGACAUUUGGACGAGGAAAAAUUAGUGAUUGUCGAUCGAAACCUUCAAGAACAACUUACGUUAAUGCCUUUAUCCGCUAAGCUUCAAACUGCGAUAGUACACCUUUCAAACUGUCAAUUGGAAGGCGAUCAAAAGCUGAAUUAUGAAGUGGGAACAUUUUCAGAGGCUGUGCACGAAUUGCUUAACUGCAUCGCUGUGAAGGAAGCUACGAUUUUAACCGAGAAUUGCAAUAACUUUAGGAGUAUUUCGCUGGUUGAAUUAAUGGCGAAGUCGAAGCUCUCCAGUAUCGUGUGUAUUCAGCGACUUGUCUUUUUUCGCUAUUUUAUCAACAACUUGUCAACAGAGAGGAUGCGACUUCAAAUUGAACCUAUGAAACCUAUCAAACCACCACCAAAGCAAAAUAUUCGAGCUAGACAAAAGUCAGCUAAAGGAGAUAGCCUUUCUACUAAAUUGACACUCAAAUCCACACCUGAAGCCAACGACUCAAGAGAUGACGAGAUCACUUUAGAUCAAAGAGAAGAUGGGGAGUUGCUCGGUAUCAGCGACGUCCUGGCAAAGAGUUAUUUUAACAAGCUUCAAGAGCAGACUGGCGAUCAGUGUGAGAGCCAGGAUAGUAAGCUACAACAACAGCUCGAAAAAGCAAUCACCUCACUUCGACAAAUACUUUAUUCAAAUCAACGCAAUAUUGACCAGAAAUCUGCAUUGGAUCCUGCCAUCCAAGCCACAUAUCUUGCCGCUGUGGCGUGCCAUGACAGUGUGCGGCUAUUACUCGACAACAAUUUCGUCGUUGAUGCGGCUAUGCGCGAUAAGCUCCUACAUUUCCUUAAGGCUUCCCAGAAUGUCCAGCGAACCGAAGUUAUUGCAAACACCGAUACGAUGGCCAGCUCCCUAAAUCUCGAACUUGAGCGUCAUAAACAUCAUUUACAUGAUUCCUCGGAAUUGUUACCUUCGUACCCAGAGGGUUCUGAAUCUGACGAAGUUGGCAGCAAAACCGAUAGUAACACUAAGCAAUUGCAAUACCCCCCGCCAUAUUCUAAAACAUCACCAUCCUGGAUAUCAACACCGUUAAUUUUAGAGCUCAAAGCUGGCUUCUCUAAGAAGAUGUCGAGCACGCAAAUUGCUGAACUUAGCUCUGACAAUAUUUCAACAAAAUCGCAAGAUACGAACCGAAGCAAAAGUUUGUGUUCUCAAUCACAGCCCUACAAUUUCGUCGAAGACAGUGAAUCAAGCAAAUCGUCAGAUAUUUUGUCGUCGGUAAGCAGAACAGAUAAACAAAAGUCAUCAUCAAGACGAAACUAUCAGACAGAGACACAGAAAUCAGAUGCAUUCAUGCCUUUUAAGUUGCUAUUUAACGAGCACAAGACCGUCUCGAUACCAACUGCGACUAAUUCUGGUUUGCACCACGAAAACUGCGUUGACUCUGGCUGGAAAGACGAAUAUCUUUGUGAUCCUCCAUCGUAUUUCAGCCAAAUGAAGACAGAUGAGAUCGCCACGAAUAAUAGUGACACAAUUGCAAUAGACCGAGCACUUCAACUACAGCAUCGCAUUUGUAUGAACGAUUUUGUGCAUCAAGUUGUAUCGAAUCAGGAAGGGCGUACAAAUGAUGCAAACAGUACAAAACAUCCGAAGUCGGAACCGUAUUGGCUCACCUGCGAGGUGUCACCAGGUAUCAAUCGAUUGCUACACAGGCAGCGAAGGCCUUCAGGUUUUCUCAAGUCGCGUCGUAUGUCCGCUACGACUCGACCGCAGCAUUAUGUACACAAAACAUUUGAAUCUUCUCCUCCACUUCGACAGCUCGACAAUGAUCAGCACCUCGCUUGGGCUGCACGUAUCAGUGAUCUUUAUCAACCAGCCUAUGAGGACUGA